UUUGAUUAUUAAUUUCAUGUGACUCCUUUUUCGCAGUUUUCACAUUAUAUGUCACCAUUCACAGUUCCGGAUUAUGCUUCAUUUUCUGCAGUGACAAACAUCAUCCGAGAGCAUCCAUGAACACGACAGGUUUGUUGAGUGUAGAUCAAAUGAAGUACAAGGACCCUAACCUUUCAAUAGAUGCUCGGGUUGAGGAUCUUCUUAGCAGGAUGACUCUCGAGGAGAAAAUUGGUCAAAUGUUGCAGGUUGAGAGGAAGCAUACAUCUGCUGAUUUGGUCAACAAGUAUUUUAUUGGUAGUGUAAUGAGUGAGGGAGGGAGUAUCCCGGCUCCACAGGCAUCUGCUGAAACUUGGGUUGACAUGGUGAAUGAAUUUCAGAAGGGUGCUUUGUCAACCCGGCUUGGAAUUCCAGUGUUUUAUGGUGUUGAUGCUGUUCAUGGCCACAACACUGUUUACAAUGCAACUAUUUUUCCUCACAAUAUUGGUCUUGGAGCUACCAGGGACCCUGAACUAGUUAAGAGAAUUGGAGCUGCAACUGCCCUUGAAGUUAGAGCAACAGGAGUUCAAUAUGCAUAUGCACCUUGUAUAGCAGUUUGUAGAGAUCCAAGAUGGGGUCGGUGUUAUGAAAGCUACAGUGAAGAUACUGAACUAGUUCAAGCUAUGACCGAAAUCAUACCAGGAUUGCAAGGGGACAUCCCUCAUAAUUUACCAAAGGGUGUCCCUUUCAUCUCUGGAAAAGAAAAGGUCAUAGGCAGUGCUAAACACUAUGUGGGUGACGGUGGAACAAUCGAUGGAAUUAAUGAGCACAACACUGUUAUAGAUAGAGAUGGAUUGAUGAAAAUUCACAUGCCACCUUACUUGACCUCAAUCGAUAAAGGUGUGGCAAGCAUAAUGGUCUCUUACUCCAGUUGGAAUGGUGUAAAAAUGCAUGCUCACCAUGAUCUUAUUACUGCCUUCCUCAAGAAUACUCUCCAUUUCAAGGGCUUUGUCAUUUCAGAUUUUGAGGGUAUUGAUAGGAUCACAACUCCACAUCGUGCAAACAUCAAUUAUUCAAUCGAAGCAGGAGUUUCUGCUGGCAUUGACAUGUUCAUGUUUCCAAAGCUUUACACAGAAUUCAUAGAUGGUCUAUCCAUGUUGGUGAAAAAUGAGCGCAUUCCCAUGAGUCGAAUUGAUGAUGCGGUGAGAAGAAUUUUGUGGGUUAAGUUCAUGAUGGGUCUUUUUGAGAACCCUUAUGCUGAUUACAGUAUGACCAAAUAUUUGGGAAUCCAGGAGCACAGAAAUUUGGCUAGAGAAGCGGUGAGAAAAUCAAUGGUCCUUCUGAAAAAUGGUCAAUCUGUUGAUAAGCCUUUAUUGCCUCUUCCUAAAAAGGCACCAAAAAUACUUGUUGCUGGAAUCCAUGCAGAUAAUCUAGGAUAUCAGUGUGGUGGCUGGACUAUAGAAUGGCAAGGGGUCAGUGGGAACAAUCUUCUCAAAGGGACCACAAUUCUCAAUGCUGUGAAAAACACUGUUGAUCCUGAAACCACAGUGAUCUACAAGGAGAACCCUGAUGCAGAAUUUGUUAAAUCCAACGAAUUUUCCUAUGCCAUUGUUGUGGUAGGAGAGCCUCCUUAUGCUGAAACGCAUGGUGACAACAUGAACUUGACAAUCCCAGACCCUGGUCCUGAGAUGAUAAGAAACGUGUGUGGAGUAACAAAAUGUGUGGUUAUUGUAAUUUCUGGUCGUCCUUUGGUGAUUGAACCAUAUGUUGAUAUGAUAGAUGCACUUGUUGCUGCAUGGCUUCCUGGUAGCGAAGGCCAAGGUGUGGCUGAUGUUCUAUUUGGUGACUAUGCUUUCACAGGAAAACUUCCAAGAACAUGGUUCAAAUCUGUUGAUCAACUGCCAAUGAAUGUUGGAGAUCCUCACUAUGAUCCCCUCUUCCCAUUUGGGUUUGGCCUUUCUACCCAAACUACUGAGGCCUUGUUCUCUGAGUAGUUCUCAUUUUCAUUUGUAUGUAUACUUUUUAUCUGCAUCAUUUUCAAAUGUUGUACACAUUUUGUUUGGUUUUCUUUUCCCUUAAGCUGACAUUCCAAAUGAUCCCAGUAUUAUGUUCUAA